AUGAACGGUGGUCUCGGCGAGCCAGCAGCAGCACCUGCACAGGUGGCCGCAGCCCACUCCUCAAGCUCCACAGCCACGUCAUCGGCUGCUGGCACCUCGCAGGCGCAGCAGCCACACGUCAAGCACACAUCGAUAUUUGAGCUUGGCGGCGAGCCGUUCAGCGAGUCAGCGGGCACUUCUGGAUCGUCCUCACGACUCAGUCGCAUCGUCGGCUCAGGGAAUGGCACGGGCGCGCUUCCAUCGACCACGUCGCCGAUCGGCACGCACCCGCUGGGGACGAUUGGGUCACCGCACAACCUGUACGGCGCUGGUGACGGAGGCGGCCCGGCAAAGCGGCAGUCGCAGUCACGUCUGAACAGUAACAAUGGGCCGGGAAUGCUUGACACACGGCCCAGCAUGUUUGACGCAAUCCAGUCGCAGCAAGCAUCGCCCAACGGGACGACAGCCCAGGCGGGAUUCGGUGACUUUUCGUUUGUGAAGUCCCUGCCAGUGUCACGUCGUAACUCGCGAGAGUUCCAGAACCUGUGGCAGGAGCUCGAGGGCUUCAGCAUCAACGACAGUGCGCCACAUCCGGUGGACCUGGCCAGCAGGCUGUCGGGAUUUGAUGGCAGCUCGAUUGCGGCCCGCAACAGCUCGGGCGCCUUCCGCAACGCCACCGGCGGUCCGAUGGCGCUGGGCGCCAGCCCUAAGCUCCCGCACGGCCUCCUUGACGACGACAUGCUAGCAACGCACUCGUCGAGCGCACUCAAGGACUCGGGUGCACGUGGCUCGGCUCCACCAUUGUCCAACAGUGCACUGGGUAACGGAAACACGGUCGGUAGCAGCAGCAUUGACCUGACGCAGCCGGGCAUGCAGCAACUUGCAGGAGGCAGCACGUUUGGCGUGGGAGGCCGCCCGAACUAUUCCGUGGGCUACCCGCAUGACACGUCCUCGCAUCUGCCGAACCUAGGCAACGUCACCGCGGCGCUCGACAGCCUGGGUCAGCAGCGGUCGAACAAAACCGACAUUCUGCUGGGCGAGGGCGGUCCAUCGCGCGACAACCGGCUGUACGACGCCAACCGCGGUGUGAACCUGAUUCGCAAUGCCAGCACGCCAGUGCUCAACGCGAAGCAGUACCAGGUCAGACAGUCGGUUGAUGAGCUAGCGCUGCUGCAGGGCCAGACUCGCAAUGGCGCUGGAUACCCGAAUGACAUCACCCCUGGUAUGGCGCCAGGUGGGUAUGACAUGUCGGGAUUUGGCUACGGCGGGCGGCUGCAGGGGUCGGGUCUUCAGCUUAACCAGGUCGUCGAGGCUGCUGCAGGCUACGGUGUGUCUGGAAACAGCCGGAUGCAGGGGGGCUACCAAUACCUUGUCGGUGCCUCUGGUAUGAUAGGAGGUGUCAACGGUGGCCGCAACCCAGCGUUCGUUGGUGGUACCCCCUCCGGUACUGCCACUCCGCUGAUGAACGGCUACAACAUGCAGACACCGCUUGGAAUGGGUGCCGCUGGCGCGUACGCUGGGGCCAUUGGGCCUCAGUCGGCGCAGUCGAGCGUUCCGCAGACGCCUUACCCGCACCACCAGAUGUCGUCGCACAUUCAUCUGCAUCCCCAGCAACAGCAGCAACAACAGCAGCAGCAGCAGCCCUCUCAGGACCGCCAGCCUGGCCAGCACCACCCCACCUUCAUGGCAAAGCAGCACCGCAAGCCCGAGAGCGAGGUGAACCGGUUCGCCAACACGACCCUCGAGGAGCUCAAGGACAACAUCUUCACGGUGUGCAAGGACCAGCAUGGCUGCCGGUUCCUGCAGAAGAAGCUUGAGGAUGGGCAAGAGAGCCACGUGCGCAUGAUCUUUGAGGAGGUGUCGCCGCACUUUUCGGGGCUGAUGACCGAUCCGUUUGGGAAACUACCUCCGCAGCGCACGCAGAUUGUAACCAGCGUAGCACCGGAGCUCUACCUGUCGAACCAGGAGCAAAUUGACGCCAUUAUCGAGGCGCUGCGCAACAGCUGCCUGAACCGGCUCUCGAAGAAAGACAACCAGUUCAUCUACGACUCGGUCGCAGCCAACUGCAACGAGGUUGGCGACGCAUCGCCACGGCUGCUGCGUUCGGCAGCGCAGAAGGCGCAGCUGGUGAAGGAGGUGAUUGCUAAUGCGCUGACGCUGGUGCAAGACCCGUUCGGCAACUACGUCGUGCAGUAUGUGCUUGAUCUGAACAAUACCGAAUUCUCGGAGCCUCUGAUCAAAAAGUUCAUCGGCCACAUCUGCGGCCUGUCGGUGCAAAAGUUUUCGUCCAACGUCAUGGAGAAGUGCAUCCGAUUGGCCAGCACCUCGACGCGCCGCGCGUUGGUCGCGCCGAUUCUGCAGCGCGACAAGCUCGACACGCUGAUGCGCGACUCGUACGGCAACUAUGUUGUGCAGACUGCGCUGGACUUUGCCGACCCGCAGCAGCGCAUGGAGAUUAUCGACGCCAUCCGUCCGCUGCUUCCCACCAUUCGGCAUACGCCCUAUGGGAAGCGCAUCUACACAAAGCUGCAGCGCGACGGAUUUGUGUCAGCUGUGCCUAGCGCUGCCGGCAGCCGCCACGCGUCGCCGACGCUCGGCCCUUCGAUCGCCUCCCACUCAGCAGCUGCCAUCGCCUCGAUGCCGCUGUACUCGCCAGCCGCCGGGCAUGCUCCUGUGAAUGGCGGGCCGAUGGCUGCAAUUGGGUCGGCGGUCAGCCGCGGCGUCAGCCCCAUCGGCAACCUGGGCCACCACCAGUCGAUAUCGCAGUCGCGCAUGUACAUGCCGGCCGGGGGAAUUGCCCCGCUUGACCACCCCAGUAACUACCACCAGCCGGGAAUGUAUGGCAGCGGAUACAAGGUAGGCCACCCGGUGGAUGCCAACGUGGUGCACAUGUACCAGCCGACUGGCCACAUAAUGUCUCCGCCUGCUUCUGGUACUCCGUAUGAGCGUCCACCCGUGACCUCGCCCAACUCGUCGUCGUCGGUUUCGGUGGCCAUAAACGGGCCAGCGUCAAAGCACAAAAACUAA